CAGCAUUGACCAAUCAGUUCGCUGUCUCCAGUCACGUGACUCCGCUAACAAAAUGGCUGCCGAGGACCUUCCUUCUGAAUUUGACGUCGUCAUUUUAGGCACAGGUCUGGCUGAGUCGGUGGUGGCAGCAGCUUGUUCCAGAGUCGGACAGAGAGUUCUUCACCUGGACAGGAGAAGUUACUACGCAGCCAACUGGGCCAGCUUCACCUUCAACGGCCUCCUCACCUGGAUCCAGCAGCAGCAGGAGGAGCCUCAGGACCAGGAGCGACGGGAUUGGUCGAGCCUGGUGGAGGAAGGGGAGGAGCUGAUCCACCUGACGGGCUCAGACUCCGCCUCCAUCCGCAACCUGCAGGUGUUCUGCUUCACCAGUGAGGAAGACGAGGAGGAUGAAGCUCAGAGCUCUGAUCCAGCACCAAACACCACAGAAGAAGAAAAAGAACCUGAAGAAGUGAAAGAAGCUUCAGAGACAGAAUCGACAGGAGGAGAAGAAACAGGAGCAGGAGGAGAAGAGGAGGAGCAGCAGCAGGAGGAGGAGCAGGAGGAGCAGGAGCAGGAGGAGGAGGAGGCCGCCCAGCCAGAGGCAGACAGGCCACACCCCCCUGCUGCUGUGAGCCAAUCACAGCCAACCAGGAAGAAGAUCAGCUACGCUCAGCUGGUGAAGGAAGGACGCCGGUUCAACAUAGACCUGGUCUCCAAGCUCAUGUUUUCUCGCGGCUCAUUGGUCGAUCUUCUCAUCAAAUCCAGUGUCAGUCGCUAUGCAGAGUUCAAGAACGUCACCAGGAUACUCACCUAUCGCCAUGGCAACGUGGAGCAGGUCCCCUGCAGCAGAGCUGAUGUGUUUUCCAGUCGUCAGCUGACUGUGGUUGAGAAGAGGAAGUUGAUGCGUUUCCUGACUUCCUGUAUGGAGGAGACGGAGGAGCAGAAAGCCUACAACGGUCGGCCAUAUUUGGAGUUCCUGCGUGACCAGCAGCUUGGUGACAACCUGCAGCACUUCCUGCUCCACUCCAUCGCUAUGGUAACGGAGGACACGCCCACAGAGGAGGGGCUCGCCUCCACACGUCACUUCCUGCGCUCCCUCGGUCGCUAUGGCAACACUCCCUUCCUGUUUCCUGUCUACGGCCUUGGAGAGAUUCCCCAGUGUUUCUGUAGGAUGUGCGCCGUGUUCGGAGGAAUCUACUGUCUGAGACACUCACUCACAUGUCUCCUGGUGGACAGAGACACCAACAGGUGUAAGGCGGUGAUUGACAGCCGAGGACAGCGAAUCAGCUGCAGUCAUGUGGUGCUGGAGGACAGUUCAUUGGGGGCAGACAACAAGAAACAGGCCACGCCCACCAGGUGGACGAGCAGAGCCGUCCUCAUCACAGACUCAUCCGUCCUUCACUCAGACACUGAGCAGCAGGUUUCCAUGGUAACCGUCCCUCCAACAGAAGAGGGGCGUCCUGCGGUGAAGAUGAUCGAGCUGUGUUCGUCCACCAUGACCUGCAUCCCCGGGACAUACCUGGUUCAUCUCACCUGUCCAUCUGUUGGCUCCGCCCACGAGGACCUGUCGCCGUUGGUAACCAGGAUAUUCUCCAAACCUGAGUCACAUGACCAAGGACCAAACCGUCCCUCCGUCCUCUGGUGUCUCUACUUCAACAUGGUGGACGGUUCGGGGCUGGAGGACGGAGGACACAACCUCCCGUCCAACGUCUACGUCUGCUCCGGUCCAGAUGGACGAGUGGGACACGAGCAGGCUGUGAGACAGGCUGAGUUCGUCUUCAACCAGAUUGUCCCCGACCAGGACUUCUGUCCCCCUGCCCCCAACCCAGAGGACAUCCUCUACGGAGACAGCACGGGGGAGGAUGGGGGAGGGGCCCUGGGGGAGGGAGGGAAGGAGGGAGGAGCCACAGAGGAGGAGGGAGGAGCCAUGGGGGAGGAGGUGGGAGGAGCCACAGAGAAGGAGGUGGGAGUAGCCACAGAGGAGGAGGUGGGAGGAGCCACAGAGGAGUAGAUGCUGCAGUGCAUUGUGGGUAAACGUUGCCUUGGUCUCUUUAAUUUUUCUGUUUCGUGUCAAAUUUAAAAAGUUGUGACUCAAUAAAAGUUCAACAUGAAA